AAUGGCGUCAGAGGGCGGGAGAGGCAGGUGCGAUUUCCCACGAGAAGGUUCAUAAACGCUGAGUCGUCGAAUCUCCCGCCAGAACCGAGUUCUCCCGCCACCAACGCACACGCACAAUGAGAGCAAUCACGCUGACGCUGCUCCUCGCGGCCCUCUGCGGCCUGGCCCUGGCAUCCGCGGGCACCGAGCACCCCCUCGUGCCCUGCGCCCCCGAGAUCUCCGCCAAGUGCCCCGAGCACGACCCGCCCACGCCCGUCUAUUUUCCCCAGCCCGACGACUGCUCCAAGUUCUGCGUGUGUUCGGGCGGCCACGCCUACGAGGAGAGCUGCCUGCCCGGCCUCGUGUGGGACGACCAGCUCCACGUGUGCAACUGGCCCGAAGCUGUUGACUGUGGAAGCCGCCCAAACCCAUAGGCUUAGACAUCACUAAUGAAUUUUGUAUCUCUAAUAAAAA